GCUGCUCGCUCCGCUGAGACAACUGGGCUAAAAGGGCCUGGAGAGAGUUAUUUUGGGAAGCUGCCACAAACGAGUAUUUAAACGAAGACAAGCAAAUAGUUUCGUUCAAACGCCGUCACACCUCAAAGAGAAACCUGUAAAGAAGACAGAAAGGGGAGAAAAAUGUCUGGAGAGACAACUCAUCCGAUGACCGUGCGAGGGUCGCCAACAAAAUACGUGAAACUGAAUGUUGGAGGGUCUCUGCACUAUACAACGAUCGGAACUCUGUCGAAACAGGACAGCAUGUUGAGGGCAAUGUUUAGUGGAAGAAUGGAGGUUCUGACAGACACCGAGGGCUGGAUUCUUAUUGAUCGCUGUGGAAAGCACUUUUCCCUUAUUUUGAACUUCUUGCGUGAUGGUACUGUACCAUUACCACAGAAUGAGGUAGAGCUGCAAGAAAUCUUGAUAGAGGCCAAGUAUUAUCUGAUUGAGUCACUAGCAGAACUUUGUGAGAAAGCACUCGAGAAGAAAAAGGAAGAGCAUGACCCUAUCUGUCGUGUUCCUCUUAUAACGUCUUCCAAGGAAGAAAGACAGCUUGUCACUGGUAAAAAGCCAGUGGUCAAACUUUCAUAUAACAGAUCAAAUAACAAAUACUCCUACACUGGUCAGUCAGACGACAAUCUGUUAAAAAAUAUCGAACUCUUCGACAAGCUAUCGCUCCGCUUCAAUGGACGCAUACUCUUUAUCAAAGACUUGAUCGGUAACAAUGAAAUCUGCUGUUGGACUUUUUACGGCAACGGCAAGAAACUUGCAGAAGUCUGUUGCACGUCGAUUGUCUACGCCACGGAAAAACCGCAAACAAAAGUGGAAUUCCCGGACUCGAGAAUUUACGAGGAGUCACUGAACGUUCUUUUGUACGAGCACAGAGGGACCGGGAACCUACCCGACGCCGAACUUCUCAGCGCGACUCGUAGAGCCGUCGGGCCACGAGUGAUUCCGGAAAGCGACGAAGAACCGUCCAGAAGGCAAGACAAAAACCGAUGAAGAAAGAGAGAGAGCUUGAAUUGAAUCGUCAUUUGGAUUUGUGGGAUUUGCGGUUGUGUAGUUCUACCUAUGUAUCAGAAUCUGUUAAGCUCGGUGUUAGACUUCGAGUAGUUCGUCUUUUGCUUUAUAGUCCCUCGAGCGAGACCAUAUAUAAACGGCAAGGGAAAAAAUGGCCGCGCGAAAUCGGCCGUUUUCUUUCUCGCGGUUUUCUUUCGCGCCAGGCGGCGAAAGAGGGGCUACUCGUAGUCUAGCUCGAUUUUGAAGGGCACUGAUUCCUGCACGGAGGCUGUUUGUAGUAUUUCGCCAGUAUGAAUUUUCAGUGAAUUAAAAAGAUUGAUAUA